UAUAUUUAGUACCUACGGGAGGGGGUUUGUCCUGAGGCUGCUAAACUAUUAGAAGAUGAACUCAACAAACAGGAAGCUGUUCCACCCAGACUGGAUUGGAGAGGAAGAAAGCAUGCACAGACAGUAUCUCUUCUUGAGAACCAGUUUCCUAAACUCAGAUCAAACCAUCUUCUGGAUAUAUGUAUGAGAUUGGAAAAGCGGAGUUUGCUCUCCCUACCCCGGCCUAAACUUGAAGAGAACAGUCUCUUUAACCCUCUUCAGUUCUUGCAAUCAUCUCAGCUUGGAUCCAGAGUAAACAGGAAACCAGUAUUCAACAGUAUUUACAAGAAGGUACAUCUUCUGCGACGAACUAUAGGACACCUCUCCGCUGUAUUCUGUUUACUCUUCGACAAGACUGGAAACUAUGUUUUCACCGGAGCGGACGAUUUGCUGGUUAAGAUGUGGGGAACCUUUAAUGGUCGUCUUUACUUCACGUUCCGUGGGGCCUCUGCUGAGAUAUCAGACAUGGCGGUUUCUGAGGAUAACAAGCUGCUUGCUGCUGGGAGUACUGAUAAGAUUAUCCGUGUCUGGUGUUUACAAACAGCAGCUCCUGUAGCGGUACUAGCCAAACAUACUGGAGCCAUCACAGCUCUACACUUCUGUCCGGCCUCCCUUCCUAGUGUUCCUCCUUAUCUUGCCGCGACAUCUGGCGAUGGAACUGUUAGCUUCUGGAAGUACACAUACAAGUCUGAAAAAUCAGCCCGACCAGUAUUCGACCCUGAGCCCACAAGAUACCAUGAGAAGAUGCGCCCUGGAGAUGCGCAGAUGAUCUGCGCAUCUUUCUCGUUUGGCGGGCUCUUUUUCGCUACAGGGUCAGCUGACAACCAUGUCCGGGUCUAUAUGAUGGAUGGAAAGGAAGGACCUGUGAAAGUUCUAGAACAGGAAGCUCAUACUAAACGGGUAGACAGCCUACAGUGGGCAAACAAGCCUAAUCUUAGGUUUGCGUCUGGUAGUAAGGAUGGUACAGCUCGAAUCUGGAGUUAUAAGGCCGGUGAAUGGCAUUCUGUCCAGCUGGUGAUAAAAGCUGAGGAUGGAAGGACAGUUCAUUAUAAUACAUACAAGAAGUGCGAGGAACCACUUAGGGUCACGAUGACUACUUGGACUUGUGAUGACCGUCUAGUGAUAACAGCUGUUUCUGACGCAUCCCUUCACGCCUGGGACUCACAAACCUCAGAGCUUCUUUACAGGCUUAAAGGGCAUAAGGAUGAGGUGUAUGUCUUGGAGCCCCACCCGACCCACCCCGACAUCCUGCUGUCCGGGGCGCACGAUGGGUCCAUCAUCAUUUGGGAAAUUUCAACUAAGCAGAUUCUUUACAAAUACAACAAUAAUAUUGAAGGUCAAGGAUUUGGCGCCAUUUAUGACGCAAAAUGGUGUCCGGACCAGCUGCACGUGGCCGCAAGUGAUUCACAUGGACACGUCAUUUUUCUGGGAGUUACCUCACCGGAGAUCUAUAAGAAAUGUCCAGAAGAAAUGUUUUUCCACUCUGAUUACCGUCCUCUACUCCGUGACUCUGCACAUCAUGUUGUUGAUGAGCAGAGUCAGUGUGCUCCCCACCUCCUCCCUCCACCCUUCCUAGUGGAUAGUGAUGGGAACCCCUAUCCUGCGGAUAUACAGCGUUUAGUCCCUGGCAGAGAACAUCUUUCAGAUCAGGAGCUACUUGUUCCAAAUCUCACAGAGGUUGAAAGUCCAUCGCCGAAUCGGCGGCGACGAUCCUCUGAGGCUGUUCAGCGACAGGAUCGUGUAACAACACCGGCCUCGAAUAUUGAUCAGCUGAUAGCGGAGUUAGCAGCAACUACUCCAAGAGAAGGAGAAUUAGAUGUAUCCGGAGACGUGUUGAAUCCGGUUUACGAACACUCCUACGCUUCUCCGGAUAGGCGUCCACCUAGCAGCAGAGACCACUCAAGACCUGGAAUUGUGCUCCCUGCCCCGUCUUCUGCCGAACUAACCGGAAGUAUCUGGAGGAAGCGGAACCUAAUCCCGUCUUCUCACUACACAUCGGCAACAUCAGACUUCAUGAGGAGGAAGGAGAUGGGACACCAGGAGAGGAUCUUCUACAAGGUCCAGCUCGGGCUCAAAAAGACCAGUAAGAGUCUAGGACUAGAAUCCCGGCAUCAGGGUAUAGAGAAAAUACUGGGAACUAAGAAACCAGGAGGAAGAGGAGGUAGGGUGAGGAACAGGAACCCAGCUCCAGGUAGAUCUAGAGCUAGGGAGCAACCUCCUCCACCUGCUCCUGAGAAUACAGGGGAGGAUGAAGAUGAUCCUGAUGAUACUCAAGAAGAUGAUUAUCAGCAUGAUAGCAGUGGAAGUGAAACAUCUCUAGAUGAAAGUGAUUUAGAGAGUGGGGAUAGUUCUAGUAGCAGUAGUACAGAGUACAGUGACUGGGGAGCCAACAAUCUUACACCACCUAAACGUACUGCUAGAAAGUCAGGUCGUGCCGGAGGAGUAGGCAGUAAAUCCGCGAGCAGUGACGAGGGAACGAGUCGAGAUAGAGAGCCGGUACAGCCCGGUCAACCUCAACCUGGUCCCUCAACCUCGAAACCUGGUCCAAGCCGCAGCGCAAAGAUGAAUAAAAAGAAAAACUACAGUUUUAAUCCAACCCAGUUGGAUGAUAUUCCCCCAGAAUAUCUACCCAGUGACUGGUUGGCGCAAUAUGUUCCCAACAAGUCUCCAUACUUUCCCCAGAUGGGAGACGAGGUUAUGUACAUCAAGCAGGGUCAUAUAGGGUACAUCAACCUCGUAAAGAACAGGAAUUCAUACAGGUUGAACAUGAGGGAGCAGCAGUGGCUUCAGAGGGAAGACAUCAAGGAUGUCGAGCUCGUCAAGGUUAUCGGGAUGAAACAUGAGAUACGUCCUCCUCGUCUCUGCUGUCUUAAGCUCGCAAUCAUGGACCCCGAGGCUAAUGAGCUAACUGGGGACAACUUUAGUAUCAAGUAUCAUGAUAUGAAUGAUGUUGUGGAUUUUCUUGUGCUCAGGCAUAAUUAUGAAACUUCAAUUCAGGUGAAAUGGAAACCUGGGGAUAGAUAUAGAUGUCAAAUUGAGGAUUCCUGGUGGUUUGGUACUGUAGUAGAGGUGAGUCCGUUUAAUAUGUCUAUACCAGAGAGUCCGUUCCUUAGCAUUAAGUGUUCCUGGGAUAGUGGAGAGGAGGAGCGACUCUCACCCUGGGAUUUGGAUCCGGUUCAGGAGGGGGAUCCAGGCUAUGAGAAAAUGAUCAAGAGUAUGCCUGUAACACGGGAUGAGAUAGAACGGUUUCUCUACCAGCCCCUGGAGGAGGAAUGGAGAGGAUUGAACAGUAAGACUGAAUGUAUCCGUAUCUCAGCAGGACUAGAGCAGGUGAUGGUUCUGGCUAUAGCAGAGCCGUUCAACUAUCCUGUAGAUCUCACCCAAUACCCUGAUUAUAUGCUCGAGAUUGAAUAUCCUAUAGAUUUUAGCUUGAUCAAAUCCAGGCUGGACAACCAGUUCUACCGUAGGAUCACCGCAGUUCAAUUCGAUGUUAGAUACAUCGCCACUAAUACUGAAUGCUACAACAGACCAAAGACUGAUAUUGUAAAAAAUGCUCGGAUUCUCACUGAUCUUGUGUUAAGAAUUAUCCAGGAUCCAGAGCUGGAAGACAUCAACAGAGAGUAUCAUAGACUUGUGGAUAACUUUAAGUGGGAAGAUACCCAGGAACCUAAAGCAACCAAACCCUCUGGGAGAGCGGUAAAGUCUCGUAAAAAAUCAGCCUCAGAGUCUCCGGUCAAUCCCAAGCAGUGGAAGCAUGAUUGUAACGAACUACUCCAUCAGCUGUUGGAGAAUCCGGAUUCAGAGCCGUUCCGGGAACCCGUGUCAGAGAUAGAUUUCCCUGACUACUCCAGGAUAAUAACAACGCCCAUGGAUCUGUCCCAAGUUCGUGAAUCUCUAAGAGUAGGAGAGUACAGAAACCCUCAUGAAUUUAGGGAUGAUGUUGAACUAGUAUUUAUCAACUCCAUGAAAUACAACACGGAUAAAAAGUCCCUCGUGGUUAAGAUGACCAAGCGGCUCAAGUUAGAUUUCCAGGAUAGAUUUCAGGCUGUGAUAAAGGAUUGGAGAAACAUGAACCGAAGGUUGGGGAUGCUCAAGAAGCAAGGGAAGAGUCCGAGUGCAACACCAAAGAAGAAGAAGGUUCAGGGGAAGGGAAGGAAACAACGGUAUGAAGAGGAAGAGAGUGAUGAAGAAGAUCCUGGAGAGGGAACAUCCAAACCAAACCAUAGAAGAAGGCGUCCUAUAAAAUACGAUGAAUCCUUUAAUGAAGAGAACAGUGAAGAAGAAGAUGAAGAAGAUGAAGAAGAUGAAGAAGUACAUAGACCGAGACGAAGUACAAAGAAACCUGAAAGAUUUAGAGAGGAGAAUUCAGACUCGGAACCAAGACCAACUAAGGAACGCAGACGCCUUAAUCUUGAUUUAAGCGAAACUUCAGAAACAGAUUCCAAGAGUAAAGGGAAAGGGAAGUCCACCAAGGCUCUAAGUAGAAGGCCAAAAACAAACUCUGAACAAACCAGCUCAAACAGAUCUCGUUCUGCACUUGCUCAAGAAGACACCCAGUCAAGCGAAGAAAGUGAACAAGUGAAGAAAUCUACGAAAAAAGGUCGAAGUGGCGGGAAAAAAUCGUCUAAGAAUUCAGAUGAAUCGGAAUCUGAUGAUGAUAUUCCUAUUUCUGUCAGAAGAAACAUCACACCAAAGAAGAAAUCGAUAAACGGGAAAGGUGUUAAGAAUGCCGGUAGUAAAACUCGCGGAAAAGAUUCAGAAGAGGAGUUGGAAACUGAAGAACUUACUGAAGAAGAGGAAGACAUUGAAUCUACUCCAAAUACUUCUGAGUCUGAAGAAUAUGAUCAAAAAAGGAAAGAUCCAUCCAAAUCUUCGAGAAAAGGGAAAAAGCGUAAACAUUCUGAUGAUGAGGAAAGUCAGGCCCUUCCCCGGCCUCGGAGACAAGCCACUGCUCGAGCUAUAUCAAAGUUUCAAGAAUCCAAUUCUGACGACGACGACACUGAACCUCUUGGGCGAAGACGGGAUCGCAAAAAGCAAGGGGUUCAUAUCCAACCAGCUGCUAAUCGACGAAAACAAAGAGUAAAAUCUGCCGAAGAGACUGUAACCAUCUCUGCAGCAGAUAGUAGCACUGAUCCUAGGAUUAGUUCUACCAGAAGACAAGAACAUAACACUGAAACGGAAUCAGAGGAAGAGCUGAGAGGAUCAAGGGUUAAAAGACAAAUUCUUCGUCCGGACUACAGCGAGGAAAAUGAGCCGAGAGCCUCUGGAUCUCAGAGAGGCCGAAGAAAAGAGGUUCCGAGUAAAUCCAAGAAAAACUCUGGAGAGCACUCUGCAGAAUCAAAUAGGUCCAAGCGUAGAACGGUUCGUCCGGACUAUAGUGAAGAUCUCUUGGACGAAACUAACGGAUCUUAUCAAUAUGAAGACGAAGACGUGAAUCCCAGACGAAAGAAGAAUCGAAAUGGUAAUUCCGUGAAAUUAAAAAUCUACGAGGAUGAGGAUGCAAGUGAGAUCAGAGAGGCAAGAGGAGAGCCCAGUAAGAGGCUGGUUUCCAGAGCUGAACCAGAACAAGAGGAGACUACUGGACGAACAGGACGAAAGAUAGUAAAACCUGCUAGAUUACAGGACUACAGCAAUGACGAGCUAAUCAGGGAAGCCCGAAGAAAAAGUAUGAAAAAGAAAAGGAAAACGUGGGAGGAUGAUUCUGACCACCAAGCUUCAAGGAAGAAAAGAAACGAGGGUGGUAGCGGAAAAAGAAAUCGGAAGGAGGUUCGUUAUACAGAGGAGUCAGAACCAGAGAAUAGGAAAUCCAAGGGUCGCCGGAAGUUAGAAAAUGAACCCAACUACAGAGACCAUUCUGAGACCGAGGACGACGAGGAGGAGAUAAGACCCAGAAAACGCGGGAAACUGGUUUCAGCCAAUCCGCCAAUCAGCGAGGAGUCGGAGGACGAAGAACCGCUGAGGAAGCGUGGUAGAACUUCAGUUCUUCAACACAAAUCUCAAGAAGAUUCUGAAUCUGAAGAAGAAGAGGAAAUACCAAAGAAGAAGAGCGGAAGAAACCCAAACUCUAAUUCCAGAUCUAGAUUAAAUCCUCGUGAUGAGAGACAGGAUGAAAGUUCGCGGGGUAAUGAUAACGACAGCGAAGAAAGCGAUUAUGGAAAAAGAAAGCGACCACGUCGCCAGACCUCCGGUCAUCUGAAGGGUGAAUCCUCUCGACCUCAGCGAUCUGCCGGUCAGAGUGGUAGAUCUAGGUACAGAGAAUCCUCAGAUGAAGAUCCGCAUCCUAAACGGCAUCACAGGGGUAAAAUUAGCAGGACUGUUCAAGAGGAAGCGUCAGAUGGAAGUUCUGAAGAGACAGAAGAUACUUCACUUCUUACAGGAAUCAGUUCAAGGGGUAGAGUCAGAAAACCUAAUCCUAGACUUCUAGAUUAGAUCUAGUCCUAGACUUCUAGAUUAGAUCCAGUCCUAGACUUCUAGAUUAGAUCUAGUCCUAGACUUCUAGAUUAGAUCUAGUCCUAGACUUCUAGAUUAGAUCCAGUCCUAGUCUUCUAGAUUAGAUCCAGUCCUAGACUUCUAGAUUAGAUCUAGUCCUAGGCUUCUAGAUUAGAUCCAGUCCUAGACUUUUAUAUUAGAUCCAGUCCUAGGCUUCUCGAUUAGAUCCAGUCCUAGACUUUUAGAUUAGAUCCAGUCCUAGGCUUAUAGAUUAGAUCCAGUACUAGACUUUUAGAUUAGAUCUAGUCCUAGACUUUUAGAUUAGAUCCAGUCCUAGGCUUCUAGAUUAGAUCCAGUACUAGACUUUUAGAUUAGAUCCAGUCCUAGACUUCUAGAUUAGGUCCAGUCCUAGGCUUCUAGAUUAGAUCCAGUCCUAGACUUUUAGAUUAGAUCUAGUCCUAGACUUUUAGAUUAGAUCUAGUCCUAGACUUCUAGAUUAGAUCAAAUCCUUGACUUCUAGAUUAGAUCUAGUCCUAGGCUUCUAGAUUAGAUCCAGUCCGAGACUUCUUGAUUAGAUCCAGUCCUAGUCUUCUAGAUUAGAUCUAGUUCUAGACUUCUAGAUUAGAUCUAGUCCUAGGCUUCUAGAUUAGAUCCAGUCCUAGGCUUCUAGAUUAGAUCUAGUCCUAGGCUUCUAGAUGAGAUCCAGUUCUAGACUUCUAGAUUAGAUCUAGUCCUAGGCUUCUAGAUUAGAUCCAGUCUUAGACUUCUAGAUUAGCUCUUGUCCUAGGCUUCUAGAUUAGAUCUAGUUCUAGACUUCAAGAUUAGAUCUAGUCCUAGGCUUCUAGAUUAGAUCCAGUCCUAGACUUCUAGCUUAGAUCUAUUCCCUGGCUUCUAGAUUAGAUCCAGUCUUCGAUUUCUAGAUUAGAUCUAGUCCUAGGCUUCUAGAUUAGAUCUAUUUCUAGACUUCUAGUUAGAUCUAGCCCUAGGCUUCUAGACUAGAUCUGGUUCUAAACAUCUAGAUUAGAUCUGGUUCUAAACAUCUAGAUUAGAUCUAGUCCUAAACAUCUAGAUUAGAUCUAGUUUUAAACAUCUAGAUUAGAUCUAGUUCUGAACAUCUA